GCUUUGGAACAACAAUAAUUAAAAGCAAAGAAAUGACAAGAGGCAAUUGAUUUACUGAAGUAUCAGUUACAAGCUAUGAGGUUAUUGGGAUGGAACAUCUACCAAAAGGACCAGGACUUAUUGUUUUUUACCAUGGAGCUGUUGUUUUCGACUAUGCCUUCUUUCUGGCUAGACUCUAUACUCAGACAGGGAUACUCAUUCAAACUUUAGUUGACGAUGGCUUAUAUAUACUACCAGGAACAAAACUUGCUCUUGAUUUGACUGGUUGCACAAAUGGCAAUAAAUCUAAAUGUGUGGAAAUUCUGAAGAAAGGCAAUUUAUUGGGAAUUUCCCCUGGUGGACUUAGAGAAGGAAACUUUAGUGACCACCAGAACUACAACCUGAUAUGGGGUAACCGUACUGGUUUUGCUCAAGUGGCCUUAGAGGCCAAAGUGCCCAUCAUCCCUAUGUUUACACAAAAUAUUCGCGAAGCAUACAGAAUAGUUGGAAAGACAUGGUGGUUGAGAUGGCUCUAUGACCACUAUAUAAGACUCCUAGCCCUUCCCAUUUAUGGAGGGUUUCCUGUUAAAUUACGCACAUAUCUUGGAGAGCCCAUCCCGUAUGAUCCAAACAUAACUGCUACGGAGCUGGCUGAAAAAACAAAGAUUGCAAUUGAAAAUCUUCGAGACAGAUACCAAAAGAAGCCAGGAAAUAUAUUAAGAGCUCUAUCAGAACGAUUUGAUAAACAUCACAAGGACAACUAGCCUUUAUUUAUCUUAUGAACCAAUCUUUCAUGUCAUAUUUAGUAUACAGAAUAUAUUUAUAGUCAGAAGUUUUUGUCUAUCUGUAACUUAUAUGAACAACCAUUAAAAAUGUAUACUUGGCUGGAAAGGAUAGCAUCAGUUAAAAUGAAUAUUUUACAAAAGAUGAACUUUUUAUUUCAAAUGAUCCCUAUUAAAAUUGAUAAUAAAACAUUUAACAUGUGGCAGAGGAACAUAAACUCUUUUAUCUGGGCCAAUAAAAAAAUGAAGAAUUAAGUUCAGGGCCAUGCAAGAUUCAAAAAAUCAGGGAGGAGUGGCUGUACCUAAUCUGAAAUUAUAUCAUCACGCCAGUUGCUUGACAUGGAUUUCGGACUGGAUCAAAGAAUCAUAUGGUUCAACGAUGGCUAUGGAAGGGUCUGACCUUCCAGAAGGGUUACAUAAGUAUUUAUGGGCUAACAUAAAAAGGAAAGAUCAUGACAUAAAACUUCAUACAAUUAGAAGUAGUUUAUUACAUGUUUGGCACAAAUAUAAGAACAGGAUAAGUCCAGAAUUAUCGCCUUGGCAUCUAUCAUAAACAUUUUUUUUCCCCCAUGGAGAGGAAAAUACUAGACAUUUUGCCUACUGGAGAGAGAAAGCAUAUAAUCUGCAAAAUUUAGCUACAGGAAAAACAAAAAUGAAAUCCUUCCAGACUCUUGAUUCAGAGUCCAAUGAGCCCUCAUGGUUUCAAUGCCUACAGAUUAGCACCAUAGUGAAGAAAGAAAUACAGAGACAAGGUGGCAAACUUAGGACUUUACAGAAUUACUGAAAAUACCAGUCAUUUACUGGAACUGAUAUAUAAGUUGCUAUUGAAAUACGAUUCAGAAACAGAACAGAUUAAAGACUGUAUGAUCAAGUAGAUGCAAAUUUUAAAUAAAACAAUUGACAUGCAACAAUGGGAAUACCAAUGGAAGGUGAACAUUAAAUUUACAGCAAACAGCAUUUUAAGGGGAAAUUGGUACAAAAUGUACUUUAGAUGGUAUAUUACUUCUAUGAUGAUUCCAAAGAUGGAUAGUAAAUUCUCUGAAGAUUGUUGGAAGUGUAAGAGCCAUGCAGGGACAUUUUAUCAUAUGUGGUGGACAUAUAGCAAAGCGCAACAAUUUUGGGGGGAAAUUCACUGUAAGAUGCAAGAAAUUUUAAAAAUAAAUUUUCCUCACUCUCCAGAGGCUUUUUUGUUGAACAUGACUAAAUUCUAUAUUCCUACUAAAUAUUCAGAGCUGUCUUUGUAUAUGAUCACUGCAGCUAGGAUUUUAUAUGCGGCUAAAUGGAGACAAAAUAAUUCUGAUGGUAUAUGAGUGGUUA